AUGACCGACGCAAUUAGAACGGUGGCCAUCAAGUCAAAGACCGAUUCAACAACCGCCGUCUGCUCUGCUGGAUCCUCGUCACCAAUAGCCCUGACCAAGCUAGGAAACACGAGGAUGACGGAUAGUAGGGUUUUGAUCCUCGGAGUUGCCAAACUUCUUCGCUUUAAUACUUUCAUCAACAGUGAUUAG